AUGGCGUACUUCGACAUGCGACAGCCACGGGGCAGCAAGCGGACCACUGCCCUCAGCAUCCUUUUGGGUGUUGUCUUCAUUUACUUCCUCUACAGCAUCCGCAACACCUCGAUCGACCAGUCCGAACUCCGCUUACGAGUCCAAACGUCCGCAGCCGACAACCCUCUAUCUCCUCCGACCUCAGCCUUUCGCAAGCAAUCCAACGCUCAAAAUGCCCACGGUGUCCGCCGCCCCCCUCCCGUCGUCCACUACCAACUCAAUAACCUGACCUCCUCGGCGUCGCCUGUCGAAAAGCACGAGAAAGUCCUCAUCCUCACACCCUUAGCCCGCUUCUACCCGGAGUACUGGGCCAAUCUUAUGGCCCUGUCCUACCCUCACGAGCACAUCAGCCUAGGAUUCAUCACCCCCAAGACGAAGGAAGGCAACGCGGCGACGGCGGCGCUACAAGAAGCAAUAAGGGAGACGCAAGCAGGACCGGAAGAGAAACGGUUUCAAUCGGUGACUAUAUUGCGGCAGGAUUUUGAGCCACCCUUGACUUCACAAGAUGAAAAGGAGCGCCACAAGAUGGAAAAUCAAAAGGUGCGGCGAGCGUCGAUGGCCCGGGCACGGAACAGCCUGCUUUUCACCACCAUCGGCCCGCACACAUCUUGGGUGUUGUGGUUGGACGGCGACGUGAUCGAAACUCCUCCCACGCUGAUCCAGGAUCUGGCCAGUCACGACAAAGCCGUCAUCGCCCCGAGCUGUAUGCAGCGAUUCAUCAACGACGAAGGAGAGGAGGACGUCCGGCCCUACGAUUUCAACACAUGGCGCGAUAGUGACGUUGCCCAGGAGCUCGCCAGCAAGAUGGGUCCGGACGAAGUUUUGCUUGAAGGAUACGCGGAGAUGGCCACGUAUAGGACACUCAUGACCAAGCUGGCCAAGAUGGGCAAGGAUCGUGACGAACGGCGUCUGAUGCCGUUGGAUGGUGUGGGUGGGACAGCACUUUUGGUGAAAGCCGAGGUGCACCGAGACGGGGCCAUGUUUCCUGCUUUUCCCUUCUACCAUCUCAUUGAGACGGAGGGGUUUGCGAAGAUGGCGAAGCGGCUUGGGUUCGAGGUUUGGGGUCUCCCCGAUUACUUUGUGUACCAUUAUAAUGAAUAG